AAAUUGACAUAUGAUGGAAGAGUGAACUAGAGUGAAUACGCGAGUCGAUGCAAUCCUUUCUUCGGGCUCCGAGUCGUUGCUUGCACUUGCUGCACUUGAUUUUCUUAUUUUUUUCUUUCUUCAACAUUCGUAUAUACAUUUAUCUUGUUUAAAGUGCAGAGAAUGCUAAGGAGUGCAAAUUACGCGACAAAUUUAUUGACAUGGAUGUAAAUAUCGUGUCGCAAUAUAUAAUUGAUACCUAAUCGUUGACUCUCUUGUCAUAUUCUUCACUGUUUGACUUCGUUGUCCUUUUGUGACUCAUCUUUAAGCAAUAUGUCAGACGUCAAGAGCCUUGAGCAUCCCACAUUGAAGGUUCCAUAUGAGCUGUUGAAUAAGAAAUUCCGUUCUGCUCAAAAAACUCUUGACAGAGAAGUGUCACAUGUCCAGACGGUAUCAAAUGAACUUGAGAAAAGUUUGAAGACUGAUGGAUCUUAUGUAGCUACUGGAGAAAUCAGCAAGUUGCUUGGUGGCGUGGUUGCUAGACUUCAAGUCUUGAAGCGUAAAGCUCAAGAAUCUAUAGCUGAAGAAUUACAAGCAGGCAUGGUAUGUAAACGAAGAUUAGAUCACUUGAAGGAUCAUGCUAAUACCUCUCCAAGCGCUGUCAAUCAGUGGAGACGGCAGAGAUUAGACAGAAUGUUAGUGGAAUAUUUUCUUCGCAAGGGAUAUUAUAAAACAGCAACUAAACUGGCAGACAGCAGCGAACUUAGGGACUUAACAAAUAUUGAUGUAUUUAUGGUAUCGAGAGAAGUAGAAAAAUCUUUGGCUAAUCAUGAAACUGCAAGAUGCAUUGGUUGGUGUCACGACAAUCGUUCAAAAUUGAGAAAACUAGGCAGCACUAUGGAAUUCAAUUUGCGUGUACAAGAAUUUAUAGAAUUGGUGCGAAGCGACAGACGGCUUGAUGCAGUGAAACAUGCCCGAAAGUAUUUUGCCAAUUAUGACGAUUAUCAGCUGCAAGAGAUUCAGUGUUGCAUGGGCCAGUUGGCCUUCCCAGCCCAUGCAUACUUAAGUCCUUAUAAGGAUCUUCUAGACGAGAAGAGAUGGGAUAGGCUGAUUGAGACAUUUCGGCAAGAAAACUAUAGACUGUUUCAGCUGGCAAGCCAGAGCGUAUUUACGGUAGCUCUUCAAGCGGGUCUGUCAGCUCUUAAAACGCCUCAAUGUUACAGCGCAAAUAAGGAAGGUCGAAAUCCUAGUUGUCCAGUUUGCAAUGAAGCAUUAAACGAACUAGCCGCGCCAUUGCCUUUCGCUCAUUGUUCGCAAUCGCGGCUCGUUUGUAGCAUAAGCGGGAAACCACUGAAUGAGUAUAACCAACCUAUGAUGAUGCCUAACGGAUAUGUAUAUGGUGAACAAGCAUUGGAAAAAAUGGCUCAAGAAAAUAAUGGUACGGUGAUUUGUCCAAAGACCAAAGAAGUAUUUCCAUAUAAAAAAAUCGAAAAGGUUUACGUUAUGUAAGCUUUCGUACUGACACAAAGUAUAUACAUAUGUUGUACUAUAUGCUUAACGCUUAUGGCCCUCUUCUUGCUUCAAACUCUCUGUUAUUUAAUAAUUGUAUUCUACUAAUAUUAUUGGAACAAAAUAAUAUCUAUUUUUAAUGAAAUUAUUGAUCGACUUAUUUAACAUCCAUCUUGUACAAGAAAUAAAUGUAAAAAAAUAUUACUAUAAUUUGUUAUAUGGUAAUAACUGAAUACAUGUUGAUAAUAGUUAGUUCAUAUUUAUUUAACGUUCUUUUCACAAUAAAUUGAAUGAUUCAAACUGUU